UCGGCGCGGGGCGGGGGAUGUGAAUCCGAUGGAGCAGCCCGGGGAAGGCGAGCAGCCGCAGCAGCAGCAGCCCUGGGGGAGGCUCCUCCGCUUGGGCGCCGGAGAGGGCGAGCCGCACGUCCUCCUGAGGAAACGGGAGUGGACCAUCGGGCGGAGGAGAGGUUGUGACCUUUCGUUCCCCGGCAAUAAACUGGUGUCCGGAGAUCACUGUAAAAUCAUAGUGGAUGAAAAAUCUGGUCAGGUGUCACUGGAAGAUACCAGCACCAAUGGAACAGUGAUUAACAAGCUGAAGGUUGUUAAGAAGCAGACCUGCCUUUUGCAGACGGGGGAUGUCAUCUACUUGGUGUAUAGGAAGAAUGAGCCAGAACACAAUGUGGCAUACCUCUACGAAUCUUUAAGUGAGAGGCAAGGCGUCACGCAAGACUCCUUUGAAGCUAAUAAAGAGAAUGUGUUCCACGUGACCAAAGAUACCUCAGGUGCAGGGCAAGGUGAUGACCCCCAGGUCCUGCCGUCAUCGCCCACCACUCAGGCGUGCUUUGAGGAACCACAGCCAUCGACGUCGACAUCAGACCUCUUCCCCACGGCUUCUACCUCUUCCAUGGAGCCCGCCUCUGCAGGGCGAGCGCCUUCCUCCAGCUCUGGCUCCGGAGACGCAGGCGUUUCCCCGAAAGAGUGUGGUACAUCUGUGGCGGGUGAUGAAAUCCCUACCUUUCCUUCAGCUCUCCCAGACGGAGAGGGGGCUACCUUCUCUCUGUCAGAGCCCCGGGGUCAGGACGACCUGGAGCCCAGCAGGAAGAGAAUGAAAGGAGAUGGGGGGCCUGACGUGACCCUGCAGUUGCUGGCCGCAGACCAGUGUAGAGACACUCACGCCGCCCUGGGAAGUGUCCGGUCCGAGGCUGUGAAACCAGACAAGAUGGAGGAGACGCUCACGUGCAUCAUCUGCCAGGACCUGCUGCAUGACUGCGUGAGCCUGCAGCCCUGCAUGCACACCUUCUGUGCGGCCUGCUACUCGGGCUGGAUGGAGCGCUCCAGCUUGUGCCCCACGUGCCGCUGUCCAGUCGAGAGGAUCUGUAAAAACCACAUCCUGAACAACCUGGUGGAGGCCUAUCUUCUCCAGCACCCAGACAAGAGUCGCAGCGAGGAAGAUGUGCGGAGCAUGGCUGCCAGGAACAAGAUCACGCAAGACAUGCUGCAGCCCAAAGUCAGGAGGUCGUUCUCCGACGAGGAGGGCAGCUCAGAGGACCUGCUGGAGCUGUCCGAUGUGGACAGCGAGUCCUCCGACGUGAGCCAGCCGUACAUCGUAUGCAGACAGUGCCCCGAGUUCCGGCGGCAGGCGGGCCAGGCCCUCUCCUGCCCAGGGCCUGGCAGCGAGCCAGGGGAGGCACCGGCUCCCGGGGACGCGCCCUCCACGUCCACCAGUGUCACGACAGCCCAGGAUUAUGUGUGUGCCCUGCAAGGAAGCCAUGCCAUAUGCACCUGCUGCUUCCAGCCCAUGCCUGACCGGAGGGCAGAGCGCGAGCAGGACCCCCGCAUCGCCCCCCAGCAGUGUGCCGUGUGCCUGCAGCCUUUCUGCCACCUGUACUGGGGCUGUGCCCGGGCCGGCUGCCUUGGCUGCCUGGCCCCGUUCUGCGAGCUAGACCUGGGCGACAGGUGUCUGGACGGGGUUCUGAGCAACAACCACUACGAGUCGGAUGUCCUCAAGAAUUACCUGGCAACCAGGGGUUUGACGUGGAAGAACAUGUUGACGGAAAGUCUGGUGGCUCUGCAGAGGGGAGCGUUUUUACUGUCCGAUUACAGAAUCACGGGGAACACCGUGCUGUGUUACUGCUGUGGCCUGCGCAGCUUCCGAGAGCUAACCUACCAGUAUCGGCAGAACAUUCCUGCUUCUGAGUUGCCUGUGGCUGUGACUUCCCGUCCUGAUUGCUACUGGGGCCGCAACUGCCGUACUCAGGUGAAGGCCCACCACGCGAUGAAAUUCAAUCACAUCUGUGAACAGACAAGGUUCAAGAACUGAGCAUCUAGGAGGCACCAAGGUGGCUUGGGGGUACCGGAGGUCAAUGACAGCGUUUCAGAAAAUACUGGCUAUAGACAUUUUAAGGGUAUCUUAUAGUCCCCAGGGGAUGCUGGGGGUCUCUGUGUCCGGCACUGUAGUGUGACGACUCUUGUGGAGUGAGACCUUCUUAGUGAGACCCCCCAACCCACUCCAGUGGCCUGGGAAGCCUGGGGCACGACCCACCCCUCCUCUGAGCUCUGCUGCCCGGAGCACUUCUGGCCGAAGCACCGCUGUCGCCGUCCCCUCCCAUUGAGACGAUGACGUUCAGGUUUGCUCUCUGUACCUUUCCCAAAACUAUGGUUCCAACAGACCUCUCUCUCCAAGAAAGCUUUCGUGGAGGGACAAGGGAAGUCUGUUGUUGAAAGGAAAGGGAGCAAAAGUUUACAGCCCGCGGGACACCCCGCAGCGGGUUUGGCCACGGCUGCUGAGACCUCUUUGUACUAGAUUUGGUGCUUAUCUUCUAGUGAGAUUUAUCACAAACG